AUGGCAAACAAUGCAAGUUCAGUUCAUUCCAAUGUGAGCACUGUGGACAGCUACAGUUCACUCUGCAAUGAACCAAUGUAUCAGCUAUUGGAAAAGACCAGUGAAGAUGACUAUGACACUGAUGUGGAGCUUGAUGGAAAACCCGGAGAAACUGUAACAGAGGAGCAGGUCUAUCGUAGGGCAUGUGAGGAAAUUGGAGUCAGCCCAAUAUCUUACUACAUUCGUCACCAUCAUGAUGCUCACCUUAACCUGAACUAUCGCUGCAUGUCACCCAAAGCAGUGAAAGCCUUGUCAAUUGCACUUGUGACUAAUACAGCAGUGACUAUAUUGGACAUGGAGCAUGAUGGAAUCAAUGCAGAGGGAGUGCAAUAUCUGAUGGAAAUGUUAGUCGAAAAUUGUUUCAUCCAGACUCUGAAUUUGUCCAACAAUGAAUUACGAACAUGGGGAGUAGAAGUGUUGUGUAAAAUGCUUCCACUGAACAUUUCACUUAAGUGCAUCAAACUCUCGGGAAACAAGUUGAAAUGCAACGAUGCUUCAUAUUUUGCAGAGACUUUAUCUUCUAAUUUCAGAAUUUCAGAGCUGGAUCUCAGUUACAAUCAGUUUGGAGACAAAGGAGCAGAGUUCCUGGGACAAAUACUGACCAGCCAGUGGUCAGUUGGCCACCAUCUGAUUAACCCUAGUUUCCUACUUCAGCUGUCCAACAAUCCUAUAACAGUGGAUGGUGCCAUUCGUCUUUUAGAAGUUGUGCGGAAGAAUGACAAGUCAAACUUGGAAAAGAUCAACAUCAAUAAUGUAAUAGUAAAUGAAAACUUCAUGGAGCUACUGAAGAGCAUUACUCAUGAUCAUCCACAGUUUGUGAUUGAAACUAAAGGAGUUGGAGGAUCCAUUGUUGGAAGCCGAAAACCUCAACCUGAUCCAAUGAAAGUGAUCCAGGAUUACCUAGAUAAGCACAAACUCCGACUCUCUGAUUUCUUCCGAAACAUGGACAAAGCUGGAAACAUGAGCGUGCCUGUCUCCGAUUUCAAGAAAGCUUUACAGCAAUUCAACAUUCCAUUGGAUCUUGUUCAGGUUGAAGAACUACUCAGCAAACUUGACAGAGACAAUACUGGAUUAAUUGACUACAGGAAUCUGGUUGACACCAGGAAGCGGAUGAUCUGGCACCAAAGGGAACAACUCCACAAAGAGGAAACCCACCAGAGGAAAGAGAAACAAAAGGUCCAGCGGGUACUGAAAACAUUGAACAGUGCAAUGAAGGCCAUCACUCCGCGAAGUUCAGUUGUCAUUGUACCUGGUCAGGUUAAGUUGCCAGCCAUCCAACCACUCAAGUCCUUCAGUUCCCAACAGUUAUCUGGCACAUCAUUGAGCUUGUGGCAUCAUGUAGAAAUGUCAAACAGCAGUCAGUACUCAGUACCAAUUCUGAGUAACAUACAGCUGUACCGCCCAGUUAGCCAUUUGGUCUCUGCUGCCAGGUUGGGCUCUUCUGUCCAGGUAAACUCAGUCUCACAGCCUGACCUGCUGCCUAAAUCACCUGUCACACCCAAGUGA